GUCCACCGUUCGCCCGCACACAAUGUUCUACAAAUCAUUCGUCCGCGAAAACAAUGCGAUAUCGGCAAGGUUAUACCUACUUCCGAGAACGCCGCGUUAUCGCUGAUAAUCUCGUGCGAGACGCGUCGCGCGUGAGCUGCGCGCUUAUCCGCUCGACUCGACUUGAAUUCCACGGGGGAUUUGCGAGAAUUGCAGCAUUUUAUUCGAGCGCGAUAAUGCGGCGUUGACAUUUGGACUUUACGCUCGGUAUUUUAAGUCAUGAUCACGCGAAACAACUUCCGCAUUUCGCCUACGCCUGCAAAAACUCGCGACAAUUACGCGCUCAUCCGUCACGCAUCGGUUAUCAGUUUGCUAUCUGGUCAAGGGAAUUCUGAGUCAUGUUGUGCAAACUAAUUUUAAUUUUGUAAUUCUUCGAGUCACGAGUCAGUCUCUCGUUGGUAAUUUAGUCGAGCAUACAAUCACGUAUUAACAAUCACAUUUAGCAGCGCUGUCGCGUUAGCUGUGUGUGCAGUUGAUGCGUAGGCACGCGCGCGUUAUACGAUAGAAUUGAAGGCCAGAUCAAUCUCUGCUGUGAAGUUUGAAAAUAGUUGCUCUCGUCAUUCACCGAGCACGACCGUCGUAAUUUAAGGUUAAUGAGAAGUGUCACGAUUACGAAACGCGAUCUCGAACUUCACGGCAAUCCGUAUAGCAAGUGAUAUUUAUAUAAGACGAAUAAAUUGAAUAAUGUUGAACAGUGUAACAAAACACAUUUUGCACUGCUGCCUGCUGCUCGUUGUCAUAUUAGUAUUUGAAUUUGUCUCUGGUGGCCUUCAGUGGAGCACUGACAAGAGUGAAGAGAUUGACCCAUGGACAAAAUAUGGCAUUGUCGGUGCAAUUACCUUGUACCUGCUGCGGACAGUAACAUUUCUCUCUUUGCCUCAAGUUCUAUUUAAUUUCAUAGGGUUAACAAUAUACAAUGCAUUCCCUGACAAAGUAGUCCUGAAGGGCUCACCCUUGCUUGCGCCGUUUAUCUGCAUAAGGAUAGUGACCCGUGGAGAUUAUCCGCAAUUAGUGAAGACAAAUGUGAAUAGAAACUUAGACAAAUGCAUAGAGGCUGGUCUUGAAAACUUUCAAAUAGAGGUUGUGAGCGACAAGCCGAUAGGCUUAACGCCACAUCGUCGAGUGCGAGAGAUCGUCGUCCCACCAAAUUAUCGCACAAGUAGUGGUGCCUUAUUCAAAGCUCGUGCUUUACAAUACUGCCUCGAGAGCUCGGUGAACGAAUUGGCCGAUCACGACUGGAUCGUCCAUCUCGACGAGGAGACUCUGAUGACUGAAAAUUCCGUUCGCGGGAUAUUGAACUUUAUACUGGAUGGCAAGCAUCAAUUUGGUCAAGGAUUAAUCACGUAUGCUAAUGAGGAUGUUGUUAAUUGGAUUACAACUUUGGCUGACAGCUUUAGAGUGGCAGAUGAUAUGGGAAAGUUAAGAUUACAAUUCACCAUGUUUCACAAGCCGUUUUUUAGUAUGAAAGGAUCCUAUGUUGUUACGCAGAUGGGAGCGGAAAAACAAGUUUCAUUUAACAAUGGAUUGGACGGAUCCGUUGCAGAAGAUUGUUUCUUCGCGAUGAAAGCGUUUUCCCAAGGAUAUACGUUCAAUUUCGUAGAUGGUGAGAUGUGGGAAAAGUCGCCGUUUAGUCUGUCAGAUUUUGUACAACAAAGAAAAAGGUGGCUACAAGGUAUAUUACUUGUCGUGCAUUCCAAAGCAAUUCCAUUAAGAAAUAAAUUGUUGCUGGGUAUAUCAUGUUACUCGUGGGUGACAAUGCCUCUCUCAACUUCUAAUAUCGUUUUGGCUGGAUUAUGCCCGAUUACCUGUUCGCCGUUGAUUGACUUUCUUUGCGCGUUUAUCGGCGCGGUAAAUAUUUACAUGUAUGUGUUUGGAGUAGUUAAAUCGUUCUCCCUAUAUCGUUUCGGUGUCGCCCGAUUUAUACUGUGUAUAUGUGGUGCAUUAUCCACUAUUCCGUUCAAUAUAAUCAUCGAGAAUGUUGCCGUGAUAUGGGGCUUGUUCGGUAAGAAACAUAAAUUCUACGUCGUUAACAAAGAGUACAGGCCGCCAGUGACUGUAUAAUGCGUCAUCAGUUUAGAGCUAUUAUCUAACUGGUACAUACUUAGCGCAACCGCGUAAUGUUUCCAUUGUGCAUGUGCAUACUUUUAGUACCUGUAAAUUUGCGUAGAAAAAUAUCACUGUCACAAACGAAAUAUUUAUAAGUAGUGUUUACAUAGGAAUUACAUGAAAUUCCCAAGAUAGAUCAAUUGAUCAAUUUUAUAACAAGUAAAAGUGAAUGGUGUAAUGCAAUAGAUAGCCGCAGUAUUAGACACUUGUUCUACAUUGGCAUUAAAGUAUUGCCAAAUUUGUUAGAAGUAUUAGUAUGUCAAAAAUAUAUUUAUGCCAAUAUUAUGCUCAUAGUGCAAAUUAUACAUGUCAUACUUUGAUCUCACGUAAAUGUCGUGUAAAUGUGUAGCAUUCGUUAAGUUACAUAUCAUUUCACAUGUUCCUUUACUUGCAUCGAUUCUUAUCACAUUUAGAAACAUCUUAUUUUUGCCAUAUCAUAGUAUUCUCAUCUUAAUAUUGUUUCACGAAGUGUUAUGCAUGUUACAAUAACUUGAUAUUAAUACUUAAUAAUGUCUAAAAUCAGGGAUCUGGACCAAAAAAAUAUUUUGUUUAGUUACCAUUAUAUAUACACAUGAUUUAAAAAUUAGAAGACAAAAAGAUGAUAUAAAAAAUUAACUAUUAACUUUAUAGUUUAUAUUUUUAUUUUUUAUAAUUUCCUUUUUUUUUUAAUGAUGUUUCUGUUUCCUUCUUAUCGGCUUUGAAAUUUGAACAUCUACUUUCUUCAGUUUUUGAUACUUUUCUCACAUGGAGAAAUCCCCUGUUUGGGCUCGUAAUAAGAAGUGUUUAUUAAAUUUUAUAAUUUUAUAAACAUAAUUAUAUAUGUACAAUAACAAAAAUAAUAUAUUAAGAAUUUAGAACAAAAUUAAAAAUUGAACCAAAAAUAAUUUUACCGAUGUUUAGUUGUGGUUUCAGUGUUAAUUUUAUAGAAUUUUAGUACGUGAUUUAUGGUUUUUAACUAAAGAAAGUACGAAACAGUUAUCAGUUCUAUUUCGAUCCAGAUCCCUGAUAUAAAAUGUAUAACAAAUUUUUUUAGACAUUUAGACAUUUAUCUAUUUGUUUUUUAAUAGCAGUAAGUCAUCUUUGAAUGCAUUAUUAAUUAGGAAAACUGUGAUAAAUCUUGUUUUCCUACAUAACAAUAAUCUUUAAAAAAUAUAAAAUCUAUUAAAUCUAAUGCAAAAUACAAGUUUUAAAAACGGUAUAUAGAGUGAGUCUAAAAUAUUUCGUUGCUUUAAUUAAAGUAUACAUAUAUUUCAUUAUUUUGGAUUUUACAUACUUUUAAUUAAUAACAAAACAUAGUAUAUUUAUACAAUCAUAAUUGAUAUAUGUAUACUGUAUUUAAGGUUAAUUUGAUUGUUUAUGAUAUUAAAAUUCUUAAAAG